GGGGCCUGGCGGCCCCCGACGCCACGCGGGGAAGCCCUUUGGCGCCGGGAGGCAGCGGCGGCGGCCGGCCUGCAGUCUGGAGCGCCCCGAUGGAAAUACACUGUAAGCACGACCCGUUUGCAUCCAUGCAUAGACAUGGAGGAGUGAAUCAGCUUGGGGGGGUUUUUGUGAAUGGACGACCACUCCCGGAUGUAGUCCGCCAAAGGAUAGUGGAACUUGCUCACCAAGGUGUCAGGCCCUGCGACAUCUCCAGGCAGCUUCGGGUCAGCCAUGGUUGUGUCAGCAAAAUUCUUGGCAGGUAUUAUGAGACGGGGAGCAUCAAGCCGGGGGUAAUUGGAGGCUCCAAACCAAAGGUUGCCACGCCCAAAGUGGUGGAGAAAAUUGCUGAGUAUAAACGCCAAAACCCCACCAUGUUUGCCUGGGAGAUCAGGGACCGGCUGCUUGCGGAACGGGUGUGUGACAACGACACGGUGCCCAGUGUCAGCUCUAUCAACAGGAUCAUCCGGACAAAAGUACAGCAGCCGCCCAACCAGCCGGUCCCUGCCUCCAGUCACAGUAUAGUGUCCACGGGCUCCGUGACGCAGGUGUCGUCGGUGAGCACCGACUCGGCCGGCUCCUCGUACUCCAUCAGCGGCAUCCUGGGUAUCACGUCCCCCAGCGCCGACACCAACAAGCGCAAGAGAGAUGAAGUUCUGCUGUCCCCUUCGUCCUGCCAGGCUGAGCUCAGGGGGACCUUGGCUCAGAGCCUGCUUCAGUAUUCAGGUAUUCAGGAGUCCCCGGUGCCCAACGGCCACUCGCUGCCCGGCAGAGACUUCCUACGGAAGCAGAUGCGGGGGGACCUGUUCACGCAGCAGCAGCUGGAGGUGCUGGACCGCGUUUUCGAGAGGCAGCACUACUCGGACAUCUUCACCACCACGGAGCCCAUCAAGCCUGAGCAGACCACUGAGUACUCAGCCAUGGCCUCGCUGGCUGGAGGGCUGGACGACAUGAAGGCCAACCUGACCAGCCCCACCCCCGCUGACAUUGGGAGCACCGUGCCUGGGCCGCAGUCCUACCCCAUCGUGACAGGCCGUGACUUGGCGAGCACGACCCUCCCUGGGUACCCUCCACACGUGCCCCCCGCUGGACAGGGCAGCUACUCGGCGCCCACGCUGACAGGGAUGGUGCCCGGGAGUGAAUUUUCCGGGAGCCCCUACAGCCACCCCCAGUAUCCCUCCUACAACGACUCCUGGAGGUUCCCCAACCCGGGGCUGCUCGGCUCUCCGUACUAUUACAGCGCCGCCCGGGGGGCCGCCCCGCCUGCAGCUGCCACCGCCUAUGACCGCCACUGACCCUCCCACCGGCGGGUGCCCUGUGCUCCCACAUAUAUCCCUGAGGGUGGUCGCUCUCGGACCCUCGGAAGACAGCCAAAGGGGCACAACGAGACCGUCCCCCAGCACCAACCCCCCACCUCGUCUUGAAGCUCCUUCCCCACCCUUUCCUGCAGGAACUCCGGGGGUCCCUGGCCAGGCUGUUGGACUUCCAGACACGUGUCUGUUUCCAAGAGUCUGUCCAGGGGUUUCUCCCAGCAGCCACGGGGGGCUCCGCAGACCUCUGGAUUCUUGUGCAGACACCCACCCGCAGCUCCAGCCCAGCUUGCC